AAUUAUUGAAAAUGGAGCAUUAUUCAACUAUCGAACACGGAACUGAAGGUUCUCGUGAAGUAGAAGAAAUGUAUUAUGAAGGUCUUUCCAAGAAGACUCUUGAUAAGGAAGAUAGAUUUGGAAUAAACGCAAUUGUAGAGAAUGUUUCCAAACCAUACAGCAGCUACUCCUCUCCCGCUAUUAUAACUUAUGGAACUAAUUUCAAAGAGAGGAAGCUACAGAAUGAUUGUUUGUGAUACAAAUAAAGAAGAAGGCAAAGGUAGCUGCAUUGACAUAGAAGAUGAGACAUAUGCUGAAGUUUACUUCUACUUCAAAUAUAAAAAGGUUAUUGACAUGAUGUAUCCCAGAAUUCAUAUCUGUAGUGAAGAUCAGAGGGAAUUUUUAGUCGAAGAAUUAGGCAAGAGAAAAAAUAAAUAUGAGGUAUUCAAGCUAAUUUUCAUUCAUGAAAAAUAACUGUUUGGCUUGAAAAUUCAGAAAGAGCUUUGCUGGGUUACCGAUCGUCCUCACUCCAAAAAAAAGAGAAAAGAUAUGCCUUUCGACUUGUUGUUUCAUUGUGGAUAAGAAUAAAAAUAUAUGCAUUUGUAGAAGAAUUCCAAAACCUGAGAAGCUAGCAGGUUGGGGAGUUCCAGGAAAAGGAGCAGUCAGCAAUAAAGAAAUGAGAGCUGAUAUGGUAGAAAACUUGAAGAAAGAUAUUGGAUUGACUAUUACAAUGUCAGUUAGGAAGGGCUCUGAGACAAAGUUCUUUUAUGAAGGAGAUCGAGUAAUCUUUGAGCCAAAGUAUCUUCAUCAGUGCGUCAAAGAUAGACAUAACUAUGAAAGUCUUAGCAUUAGCUCUCAUGAAUUGAUUCUAUACUACUAUAUGCAAAUUCCAGAGGCCCAUGAGAACAUUAACUUGGUAAUGAGCAACAUUGAGACUGAUUGCAUUGCUUGGAUCUCAGCUGAAAAUCUGAAAUCAAUAUUAUCAAAGAAAAAUAAAUCAAAACUGUUUAGCUGUAGUAUGAUAAAGCAUAAGAAGAAUACAAGAAAGAAGAUUGAAUUCAGCACUUUAUUCCCUUACUAUCCAAACGAAUAUUCAGGAGAAGGAAUAGUAAAGGAAGAUGCAUACGCCUUUUUAUACUUGGUUGACCAUCUAGAUGAUAUUUUCGAAGAAUCUGAAUAAGGAC